UCUUUCUUCCUGCAUGAAGCCACCAGAAGGAGGCAACAAUGGAGAAAACUCUGGUCCUUUACUUCACAUUUUCAGCUUUAUUUGGUGCUGUAGUCACCUCAGGUUUGACUGAAGAAGAAGGGCUAAUAAAUCCAACCCAGUUGGAGAAGUUUGUUGAUGAGCUUCCAGAUAUGCCUCAAAUCCUAGGUUUUGAUAUCGUCAAUGCCGUUCCAAAGCCAAAGUUUCUCAACAUUGGCAUGUUCAUGAAGAAAUGGAAAUUCCACAGAGACCUUCGGCCAACACCAGUGUUUGCAUACGGUACAUCAAAGCACACAGCGUCUGUCCCUGGUCCAACGAUCGAGGCCCUCCAUGGCAUUGACACAUACGUGACGUGGCAAAAUCAUCUCCCUUCAAAACACAUACUUCCGUGGGACCCGACAAUCCUCACUGCCGUUCCUUCAACCAAGAAGGGCAUCCCUACUGUGGUACACCUCCAUGGUGCCAUCGAUGAACCCGCGAGUGAUGGAAACCCAAACUCAUGGUUCACCGUCAGAUUUGAAGAAAAGGGACCCACCUGGUCCAGAAAAACUUAUCACUACCGCAACUUGCAACAGCCAGGUAAUUUAUGGUACCAUGAUCACGCAAUGGGUUUGACUAGAGUCAACCUCUUGGCUGGCUUGAAUGGGGCCUACAUUAUCCGUGAUCAUGACCUGGAGGCCCCACUUGAACUCCCAAGCGGUGAUGAGUUCGAUCGACCGCUGAUUGUGUUUGAUCGUAGCUUCCGUACGGAUGGUACGAUAUAUAUGAAUUCCACUGGAAAUAACCCUUCCAUACAUCCACAGUGGCGACCUGAGUAUUUCGGCGAUACAAUCAUAGUGAAUGGGAAAGUGUGGCCACGUAUGACAGUACGACGUCGUAAAUACAGGUUCCGUAUACUCAAUGCCUGCAAUGCUAGAUACUUGAGGUUAUUCUUCACCAACGAUCUGGGAUUCACCCACGUGGCAUCUGACUCAGCAUAUCUCGAAGAACCGGUUAUGACAAAUGACACCCUCCUGGCGCCAUCUGAGAUUGCUGACGUGGUCAUUGACUUUUCAAAGUCAAAGACAGAUUUUGUCAUUCUGGCAAAUGAUGCGCGGUAUCCUUACCCAUCAGGUCAUCCGGUCAGCGAAGCCAACGGUAAGAUCAUGAAAUUCAUUAUACAGAAAAAUCAAGAGAGUGAAACGUGGCGUGUACCCAGCAAAUUGAUAAAAUACCCAUCACCUGAUUUAUCCAGUGGAUUGGACACACGAUACAUUGCUAUGUACCAGUACGUCAGUGACAUUAACAAGUCCACUCAUUUUUACGUCAAUGGAAAAUCGUACGAAGAGGCCNUGACUGAAUCACCUGUAGUCGGGUCUACCGAAGUUUGGAAUGUGAUCAAUCUAACGCCAGAUAAUCACCCAUUCCACAUUCAUCUGGGAUUAUUUGCGGUGUUGGAUCAGACGGAGCUGGUUGAAAGAGUGGAGUUCAAAACGUGUAUGAUAAAACUAAACGAUGCGAUUGAGUGCCACAUCAAUAAAUAUGCACGUGGAAAGAAGAUAGAGGUGCCGGCACAUGAGAAGGGGUGGAAGAACGUGUACAAGAUAUUGCCAGGAUAUGUGACGAAAAUACUAGUGAGAUUUGCUUAUAUACAUUCGAAUGUAUCGUAUCCGUUUGAUGCAACCGAAGAGCCUGGAUACGUGUACCAUUGUCACAUCCUGGGUCAUGAAGACAAUGAAAUGAUGAGGCCCUUGAAGCUCAUCAACAAGAUUGAAAGAAAUAAUAUCGAUGUAAUUUAAAGUUAUAGAUAUGAUUA